UUUGAUCUCCAACAAGUUGGAGCGGAUUAAGGAAAUCUGCACUUCCGUCUUGGAUUGUGAUACAAGAAUCUCCGAGUUGAUCAACAAGACGCAGUACAACCUGACAAGAAUAAAACUGGUGGCCGCAGUCAAUCUCCACAACGGCAAAAUAUCCAUGGAGCCUGCCGAGGGGAGCCAUGGCACUCCGGCCGCCGUUGAGAAGGGAGAGGAGGGCGCCACUUGCACCGAGACCGCAAAAUUGGAGGGGACGGGAGAGGAAAGCGCCACUUGCACUGAUGCAACAGAAUUGAAGGAACCUGCCCAGGAGAUGAUGGAGGAGAAGAUGCAGACUAACGACUUCUUUAAUAUCUGCUGUGGCACCUUUCUAUCUAAGUUGUCCAAUUUAUUCAGCAGAUCAUGGGAAGAAGAUGAUACGACGUCAUUGAGUCCGAUGCACUUCACGCACACUCCUACACCGCCGGGUGAUGCUGCUUCCGUCGCCACCACCCUGCAGAUAUUCUCUGUCAAACUCGAAGAGAUAAAGGAGGAAGCUCUCGGUUCGAAUUGGCCGCUGGAUGUGUAUGGCACGAUUGUUGCCCGUGACUCUGUGGAUCGCAAUCGCAACGUUCUCUUCCACCGUGCAAGGAAUAACUGCCAAAUACUCAAGGAAAAGGAGGCUAGUUUGCAUUUGACUGGCCCGUCUCGUGCAAUCGUUGCCAUAGACCCUGUCGACUUCGAAAUCGAACUGAAAGUAAAGGGCAGCAGCACAAAGUCAUCACAAGAUAGAGUGCUGAUGCGUCAGACCUUCAUCUACAGCGGCAGUAGUGAGAGCACUCUGUUGAGCAAUACCAACAGCAAAAUCAUGUUACAGUGUGCCAAGUUAGAAAACACGGUCCAGGCAACUGUAGUGUCUGUCCGUGUUAUUAAUUGGAGGAAGAGGGCAUGGCCUUUUAGACAUGGUGGUAAAGUUAGUUGCGUUGCCAAGGGGUCUGUUAAACCUCAAGUUGGAGGAAAAAAGGUUGUACUCCAACAUCAACUGACGAUGGCUAACAGUUCCCAGGGUUACCUUCAUUUGUCCAGGCAUGCUGUUUCAGUGGAGUUAAACGGAGAGCUGGGAGUUAUCAUCAGCUCGCCCAAACACAGUGGCCAUAUCUUCUUCCCAGCCCAGGAAUGCAAAUCAAGUCGGGGCAUCUGUCAUCUUGGCCCCUAUGAGGUGGAGGUGACUGUUGCUUGGUCACUGCUUAUUCAAGACAAGCGGUGUUUUAUCUCGAGGGAGGAAUGUGUGGAUGAUGGUCAGGCGUUCGAGCAUACUGCGAAGGUGAUCCAGAGGAGGAAGAUAACAUCGGUGACUCGGUCAGCCACGAAGAUCUACUCCUUGCUCGAUCUUAUCUCCAAGAGUGUCAUGAAGCUGAAAACCGAGCCAAAGCUGAGGAUUAGCGACUUCAGCAUUAGUGAGGUCCAGAUGCACUUGAAUUACAUAUACUUCGACGUGUCCAGUUUGCUGCAGAUGAUGGAGAAAGUGCACAAGGGUUACUCAGCAACUGAUAGGCAGGCGCCUAGGACCUACUAUAAAUACGGCUUGAAUGCAAUCUUCAAUGGGUUGCACCAGCUCUGCACCCAGUUGGAUCAGAUGGGGCUUCUUAGUUACAAGGGGGAAUCCCAAUCGUUUUCCGAGUUGUUCAGGGACAACAUCACCAAAAUCAAAUUGGAUGAACUAGAGCCACCCGUAAUCUCCAUGGAGAAUGUGGAGGCAGCCAAGGGGAAGGACCAGGUGUCACCGAGCAUUUCCUCUUCCACAAACAUUAAAUUUGAGAUAGAGGAAGCCAAGGAGAUGGGAGGGGAAGAGGAAGAUUGCGAUGUGCCUCAGACUGAGCAGGAGUACUUUGAGUACUACCGCCAGGGCUGGGUAUACAAUUGGUCCAUAUUUUGUGGCACCUUCACACAGACGACAUCAUUGAGUCCGAUGCACUUUACACACAGUACACUGGGACACAGCCCACGUGGUGCUUUGGUCGAUAACACUCUGCAGAUAUACUCCAUGAAAGUCACAAAUAUAGAAAAUGAUUCUGGCUUGAACUGGCCGCUGCGGGUGUACGGCGUAGUUGCUGCACGGGACACAGUGGAUCGCAAUCGCAACAUUCUCUUCUCCCGUCAGAGGAAUAACUGCCAAAUACUCACUCCACAGGAUCCAUUUUUGCACUUGACUGGUCCAUCUCGUGCAAUUGUGACUGCGGAACCUGCUGACGUGGAAAUCGAGCUGAAAGUGAAGGGCACAACAAAGUCUGAAGAUAGCGUGUUGGUGAGCCAUCUCUGGCACUACAGCAGCAGUUAUCAAGGGCUACGCACUCUAUAUACCCCUCUGGAAGGAAACUAUUGCACGUUGGUGUUAAGCGCAGAGCAACUUGGAGCCUCAGUCCAGGCAACCAUCGUGGGCAUCCGUGUCUGUGUUCCUGAAGGGAAACCAAGUCCUUUUGAGUAUGGCGGCCGAGUUGUUUGCUCCUCUCUACCUUGGAGGAAAGGCAAGUUGCCCGACUCUCAACACAUUGCUGCUGACCCCUCAUUUCGGCAAGUUGUGCUUCAAGAUGGAUCAAUGACUUGUUGUUCAAAGGGUUACCUUAAUCUAUCAAGGCAUGUCGUCUCUGUUAAAUUGCGGGGAAAGCUUGAAGUUGUGAUUGAAGCCAAAUCGCGAUGUGGGGCUAUGGCUCGGAAGUCAGUAGUAUCCAUGGAUGCCCAGGGGUGCAAUAUAUCUGAGGAUGUAUGUCGCCUUGGGGACUCUGAGCUGAAGAUCACUGUUGCUUGGUCCCAUCUUGUUGAGAGCAAGGCGUUGGUCUCGACGCUAUGAAAGAAGUUGUAUUUUCAUUUAGUGUUUCAGUAGCGUAUGGAUUGAUAAUAUCAAAAAUAUUUGUGUGUCGUAAUAUAUUAUUAUGUAGGGAUGUAAUGUGAAGAACCUCGACUAGUAAACCUCUAUUUAUGUAUAUCCCUCUAGCUCUACUUUUUUGUGUUUAGCA